CGGAGUUUGUUUACGUCCCCCCCAGACCUAGCGGCUGAGUAGUUCUGCUUCUUGUACUCCAAGAUGGGGAAGUCGUUCGCUAAUUUCAUGUGCAAAAAGGAUUUUCAUCCUGCGUCCAAAUCCAACAUCAAGAAGGUAUGGAUGGCAGAGCAGAAAAUAUCAUAUGAUAAAAAGAAACAAGAAGAAUUAAUGCAACAGUACCUUAAAGAGCAAAAGUCAUAUGAUAACAGAUUGCUUAUGGGAGAUGAGCGUGUAAAGAAUGGCCUGAAUUUCAUGUAUGAGGCCCCACCGGGAGUUAAAAAAGAAAACAAAGAGAAGGAAGAAAUGAAAGGAGAGACAGAAUACAAGUUUGAGUGGCAGAAAGGUGCUCCGAGAGAAAAAUAUGCCAAAGAUGACAUGAACAUCAGAGAUCAGCCCUUUGGUAUCCAGGUUCGAAAUGUAAGGUGUAUUAAAUGUCACAAGUGGGGUCAUGUGAACACAGAUCGAGAAUGUCCCUUGUUUGGUCUUUCUGGAAUCAAUGCAAGUUCAGUUCCUACUGAUGGCUCAGGGCCGUCGAUGCACCCCUCGGAGCUAAUAGCGGAGAUGAGAAACAGUGGGUUUGCACUGAAACGAAAUGUACUGGGGAGAAACUUGACCGCAAAUGAUCCAACACAGGACUAUGUCGCCAGUGACGGUGAAGAAGACUCUGAGGUUGAAUUCUUGAAGUCGCUGACGACCAAGCAGAAACAGAAGCUCCUCAGGAAACUGGAUAGACUUGAAAAGAAAAAAAAGAAAAAGAAAAGUGAUAAGAAAAAGAAAAAGCUACAGAAGAGCAGAAGUAAACAUAGAAAACAUAAAAACAAAUCCUCUUCU